AUGAAGACUGAACAAAUACAGCCAAGCACUGAUUUACAACACGGACACGAUUACGAGUACGGAGUGCCUAAAAGCGGACGAUUAAGAGAAUAUUGUCAGGCAAAUAACAAUCUGGGGUUACAGUUAUGUGAACAAAGAGCUUUUGACGAAGCCGAAGCUCAAAGAGUAUUAUGUGCAACGCCUGAAGGGAUUGCCAUCCAAUUUACCAAAAAAAUUUGGAGAGAGGAUCCGAACAGCAAUUCCAAGAUCCAGAAUUCUGGUAUUUCAAGAAGAACCAGACAAGAGAAUCGAAAGAUGCAAGAGACUACAGCUAAAAAACAACCG